AUGUCUCUCAUUAGUCCGCAACCAGCCACCAUCAACACGGAUGGUCUCGAGAAUGUUCCAGUGAAGUUUGGCAUGGUCUUUGGAUUCAAGAACCUUCUUCAUGGCAUUCUUAACCUCCUCCUUGGCGUCGUGCACUUUCUGGUGGAGACUUUGAAUCUCGAUAUGGGCAUCGGCUUCCUUCUUCGUGAGCUCAGCAAGCGAUGCCUCCAGCGUCGCCUUCUGUCCUUGUGUGACUCCAAAGUCUCCCUCGAGCUGCCUCAGCUGCUCGGCAAUAGACUUGACACGCUCCGCAAGCUGUGCUUCCAGUGUCACAAGUCGAGCAUUUUCAUGCUCCAGGUCCUUGAAUUUCCCGUUGGCGAUUUCAGCCUUGUCCUCAGCCGCCUUUGUGGCAGCUUUCUGGGUCUCCACAUCCUGCUUCAAUGA